AUGAUGCUUUAUAAGCUAGUUGUGCUUGGCGACGGUGGUGUUGGCAAGACUGCAUUGACCAUCCAGCUCUGUUUGAAUCAUUUUGUUGAGGUAAGAAACACAAGCUUGGAUAUCUUGCUCAGGGAUGGACAAUUGAUCGUCAUUGAUGAUCAACCUUGUGUACUUGAAGUAUUGGAUACGGCCGGUCAGGAGGAGUACACGGCUUUGCGUGACCAAUGGAUUCGUGAUGGUGAAGGCUUUUUACUCGUGUAUUCCAUCACAGCUCGCUCUACCUUUGAACGCAUUGAACGAUUCCGUGAGCAAAUCUUUCGAGUCAAGGAUAUUGAUAAUGUCCCAAUGAUGCUUGUUGGCAACAAGUGCGAUCGUGUCACUGAACGUGAGGUCACCCGAGAAGAAGGCAUGAUGAUGGCAAGACGACUUGCAUGCGACUUUAUCGAGACAUCUGCAAAGACCUGUGUCAAUGUUGAACGUUCCUUUUAUCAAGUUGUCAAGAUCAUUCGUGCUCAACGUGAAGGUCUCAAUCCUGGUCCCAAGGGUAAAAAUAAGAAGGAAAAGAAAACCAAGUGCUUGAUAUUGUAA